AAAAAUGUUAUAAAGUCCAAAUGAGAAAUUGCAAUAAAAAGUUUCAUCUUAUAAGGAUAAGAUAAGAACUUAAUUAAAGAAAAAGAUAGUAGUGAUUAAAGACCAAUAAAAAUUGAGACAUUCAAAUAGUGAUUGUAAUUUAUAAACUUGAUAUAUCUAAUAGUAUAGAUAGACACACCAUCUUAAUAACAAUCAAAAAUAGCUGCUGAUUUUUCAGAUAAUUAUGAAUUGGGUGAUAAAUUGGGGGAAGGUGCUCAUGCAAUUGUUCAUAAGGCUAUUAGAAAAUGUGAUAAUCAAGAAUUCGCUGUAAAAAUAUUUAGAUCAAGUGACCCUGAAAUAAUUGCAUCAAUAAGAAAAACUUACUAAAUUGGAUCUAUGCUACAACACCCAAAUUUAAUUAAAGUCAAAGAAUUAUAUAUAAAUUAAUAAAAUGGAUAUUCCUACUAAAUUAUGGAAUUGUGUCAAUAUCCAAAUUUAGAAAGUUAGAUAAAAAAGUUGAAUCUCAUAUAGAUAAAGACAGUUAUGCGGUAUAUUAUAAAUUAUAAUUAAAAUAGUGAAUUAUUGAAUGGAAUACUUUAUAUGCACAAAUAAAAGGUUUGUCAUAGAGAUAUAAAACCUGAUAACAUUCUAUUUGAUGGUUUAAAUGUAAAAAUCUUAGAUUUCGGAGUAAGCAAAAGAUUCUAUAUCAAAUAAUAAUAUAUUGAUAUGUGGACACCUACCGGUACAUAAUUUUACUGUGCACCUGAAAUCUAUACAAAAGUUAGCUAUACUUAUAAAGUAGAUAUGUGGGCUGUUGGAGUAUUAUAAUUAAUUUAUGAUCAUAGGUUAUUCUCUAUUAAUUAUUAACUAAAUAGUUACCAUUCUAAGAUGAAACUGCACAUGGAACUAUUGAAUUAAUUUGCAAAGCUUAAUUCUAAGAUCAUCCUGCUCUAGAUAAAAUUAGUAAAGAUCUCUUAAGUAGAUUAUUAUAAAUUGAUCCAAAAAAAAGACUAAAUGCAGAAGAAGCUUUAAAACAUAUCUGGUUUCAAAAUAAAGAAAUAAGAUAAUAAUGUAUGGAUGAUUUGAUUGUACAUGAUGGUCUAGUUAACAAUUCUUCUUUGAUUAUCUAACUAAGUUAAUCAUAAAAUAGAACUAAUUAUCCAAAUAAUCAUUAAGACACUAAAGUUGAAGCUUUUAAGCCUACAAUACAUGUCAAACAAUCUUCAUUUAGAGAUUCAUCAUGAUAUACUGAGUUAUUUCAUUUUAAUAUUCACA